GAUAAGGAGAGAGAGGAGCAGCACAGUAGUUCAUGGGUUGUUUGGCAUCCGCAACGAGACGGCAUCUGUGAGGCAUCGAGCGCGUGCGUGCGACACGGCUGCAGCAGGCCUGUAAGGGGGUGUGGGUCAGCUGGUCCCUCUCAUUGUGUCUGUGCGCGGAACAAUGGAUAUUACCCGAGCUAGACCCGCCAACGACACAUGUUCGCUCUGAUUGGUCAACCCGACUACAUCCUAGAGAAUAUUGUUUGAGGCGUCGGGAUGGUGUGCUGGUGGUGUGAAGCGAGAGAGUGCAGCAGCAGCAGCAGCAGCACCUGUGGCACCAGCACAGAGGUGUUGGCCAGAUGAGCAGCACCUCCCCCGAACCCCCCCCAGGAGUCCAGCCUGGGGGGCCGGCUGGGGACCAAACAGGCGGACCCCAAACCUUGGCUCACUCUCCACAGAAAACCCCUCAAUCACAACACAGCAUUGAGGGGGAGACAGUUGGAGGAGCUGAGACUUGUGGCCGCCUGGACCCUCGGCCACCUGUGCCAGGUGGUGAGGACGUCCCGGGGCAGCACCACUUCCACCACGGAGAGUGGGCGAAGGAGAGCCUGGAGGACUGGGGCAAGCCUGGCCAGUGCCUCUCUCCUGAAGCCCCACUCCCCAUCCACUCUCCUUGUCCAGGUGAAGGCGGGGGUGAUGGGCCAGCAUUGGCGGGGGGCUCCGUGGAGGGAGGUUCACCCUGCUUUGGUGGGGGGGAGGGAGGCUCCACCCCACCUGUCAUCCGCUGGUCGUACUCACUGCCACAGCUACUAGAAGAUUCCCAGGGAGUGCAGCUAUUCCAGGAGUUCCUGAAGGAGGAAUGUGGCUCUUGUGAGUCGCUCCACUUCUGGUUCGCUUGCAAUGGCCUCAGGAAAUCCACCCAGGAUCCCUCCCAGCUUGUCACCAUCAUUUGGAAGCGCUUUAUUAGGAACUUCGUCGUGAGGGUCUCUGAAAAGACCUACAAGAUUGUCAAUGACCGCAUAAAUGCUCGCAGCAUUGACCGGAAUAUUUUUGACGAUGCCCAGAGAGAAGUGGAAGACGAAAUUGCCCGUAGCACGUACCCAAGUUUCUUGAAGAGCGAGCGCUACCUAUUGUACCUAGAUGCUGCCUCACAGCAGGCAGGUGGUGCAGGCACCGACUCCCCCCAUACCCCUUCCCCUGGUAGCCCAGGGAAUGGAGGGUCCGGGGCCGGGACGGGAGGUGUCCUACCCACCUUGCAUGAGGACUGUGAAUUUGAAGGCACAGCUGCCACAGGGCACAUCCGCCUCACACAGGGAGCCCUGGCUGCCACAGUCAAACAGAGGGCGGCAGCAGAGAGAAGAAGACCCGAGGCCUUUGCUGGGCAAUAUUUGCAUGGCAGCAGCGGGUGUGUUGGGGGUGGUGUCAACCCUACCACGCAGUGUAUGCCUCGGCACAUGUGUCCAGCACUGGACUCAGAGCUUCAAAGUCUAAGUUCUGAUGCACUCACCGAUGACACGAUGUCAUGCACUGAUUCCUCUGUCGAUGGAAUGUCAGUUGGGUUUGGUCGUAACAUCAACCCAAAAUACCUCAAGAGACAGUACCACAAGAUGCGCGAGAAUGCCCGACAGAAUCGUGAACUGGCCCUGAGUGCAGCUACAGGGGGCAGCUUCCCUAGCAAUGCAGGAGGGUGGGGUGGGAUCCUCCAUGGUGGCGUGCCCUUCGUCCCCCGCACGCACCGCCUGCGCCAUGAGUCCGUGCCCAACCUCAAGCCGCCCGAGUUUGCUGCACUUCUUAUAGAGCGUCUAGAGAAGGUCAAGAGAGACCGAGAGUCACAAGAGAAGGUGCAGCAGUCCUUCAAGAAGAUCCAGGAGGGGGACAAUGUGUCGGACGAGUGCCGCAGACAACACGCCUUCAACAGUCUUCCUCCUUCGCUUCUCUUGGAUAAACUUAAUCAGAAGAUUCCUCUAGAUGAUGUAGAUCCUUGCCAGUCUAUAUUAGAUGAGCAUGUCUCGCGAGUGUGGCAGGACAGUAACAACGACACACCUGCUCGCUCUCCCGGAUCCCCUCGUCCCAAGUCACCCUCAGGCAGACGGCCUGGCACUCAGCCUCGGCCAUUGCCUUUGUCAUCCAAGGGCAUGGUGAGCGGCACUCAUCCGUCCAUGUAUGUCUCCGGCUCCAGUUACCUGCCCUCGGUUCAGCCUGGCCACCAGGGCCACUUGCGCCCGGCCACCCAGCUCAUCUCCCCCUGGCCACCCAGCUCUACUGCCCCCUGGCCACCCUCUGCAUCUCCCCCCUGGCCAUCCUGCGCACCUCCCACCAGGCCAUCUGCCCACCCGUACCAAGCCAGCAAAAACUGGCAUCACACUCGCCGCAGAGAUCGCGGCCAAGACGUAAACUCUACAUUUUCGUCGGAUUCUGGAAAUGUAGCAGAUUAUUACGAAAGCAAUGAGAGGGGUGCCCUCCACCCACUACCCAAGUCUCGUUCCAUGCCAGAAUACAUGGAGAAUUAUGCAGGCACGAGUAGUGAUGGUGGUAGUUCAGGGCGACGCCAGUCAAGUGGCCGACGGAGCAGUUCGCGACGUCCUCCGGCUGACCUGACAGACUCUGGAGUAUCAGUGGUGUCUGACUCUGGCCCUUCCUUAGCACCCUCAGCAUCAUCCACGGAGAGGGUGACCUCAUGGCUUCUAGAGAGUGAUAAAUUUAGUGGGAGUGGCAGCACGUCCAGUGUGUACCCUGAGCAUGAGUGGGACCCCAGGCUACGAGGGAGCCGGUCCACACAUACUGCUGCUGGGGCUACUUCUCCUGGAACUCUAAGACGCAGCGGAAGUAGUGGUGGCCGCAGGAGUGUGAGUGGUGGCAGCGUGGGCGGCUCAGGGACACUGGCCAAUACUGGCAGUAAUGUGAGUGCCAGUGGCAGCCUCAGUGGUGGCAGCGUUGGGGGAGGCCGGUCUGGCUCACUUGACCGUGGCCCUGCUGGCUGGGUGACAGCAGCGAUGGAGCAGGGCGGCCAUAUGGGGCAUGGCAUGCAUGCACCACAUAUUCCCCAUUCGCAUGCUGUGCAUGGUUCUCAUGCCUCACAUUCGGAAGAGAAGAGGAGAAGUCGGGGUGGUGGAUCCAGCCGGUCUGGAGGCCACAGCUCAAGCCAUGGCUGGGGUCACCCAGAGAGUGGCAGCAAUCGUAAUCAGGGUCAUGGUGAUGGGUCAGGGCCAGUGUGCCCUGGGUCCAAUGGCUCCACUCUCCGUAAGCAGCGUCCUUCAAGGCACUCGCAACCAACACCUCCAGGUGGGAGCCUAUCCUUUUUCAGUCUAGUAGGUGCUGGUAGCUUGGGCACGGCAUGGCGUGAGUGGUGGCAGCAGCAGCACGGGCAGUGGUGGAGGCGCAUGUGGCAGUGGCUGUGCGGGUGCAGGCGGGUCGGCUUCCACAGCAGGUGGCGGGCUUGGGGGGGUGGAGGAGGCUCUGGGUCGGUCAUGAGCACCACCACUGAGAGCACCACAGUCAUUUACAACUUCCACGACGACGACGUCCCCUUCGUCACCCGCAUCCCCACCCGCCCAGUCACUCUCAGGCGCUUCAAACAACACUUACCUAAGAAGGGAAAUUACAGAUUCUUCUUCAAGAAACAGUGCGAAGAGUUUGGUGUGAUCCAGGAGGAAGUGACGGAUGACCAGGAAAUUCUGCCACUCUUUGAUGGAAAGAUAUUUGCGCAGAUAAGAAAAGCGGACUGAAAUGCUGUUGAGGGGGAAGGGAGGGGGAAAGAUGAAAUAUAUAUAUAUUAUUUUGUGAAGUGGAGUGUUGUAUGUGUGAAAGUCCCUUGUGAUGGCUGUUGGGAAAAGAGUGCAUCUUGGAGUGGAUCUCUGAGGGAGGAAUGUGUUUGGUGCUCACAAUACCCCAAAGGGGAUGUACAUAUAUGAUAUCUACCCGACAACACCAUUAUAAAGCAACAGGGAGGAACACUUAUAGACUGGUGGUGUUAAAUUGUAUGUUGUGCUGUGGAGAUCGUUGAGAGGGCAGUGCACGCAGAGCCUGCCUGCCUGCCAAGCCCGAGCGCCAGUCUGUGAGAACUGUGGCUUGCUGCUGGGCCAGAGUGGUGGGAGUCCCGUGACCCCUCAAGCCUACAAAUGAUAGGCGUAAUUUCUUACCUCAUUUUAGAGAUAACAGGAAGAUAUGUGUAAGUGUGAAGGUGUGUUGGCUGGAGGACACUGGAUUGAAACAACAGUGCCCAGCUCUUCUUCGUUUGCAAAUACUUGUCAAGUGCAGGCUGACACCGACUGCCAGCCGCCAUGCAGCCUGUUUGUUGCCAACACCAUUCUGGCAACAGUCUGAUGCAACUGUAGUCAUUCCAGCCUCGGCAAGUUGCAUCUCUUGCCAGCAUGGCUGCUAAUUGUGGCCACCAUUUCUGUGCCUGAUGCCAUCACUAGCAGCUCUUGCUACAUCCAUCUGGUUUCUCAGAUGCCAACACCAUUAACACUUGUGUGCCACUGUUGUCAUUUUUGUUUUUUUUAUCUUUUUAAUUUGUUUGUUUAUUUUUAUUUUAUUUAUUUUUUCAUUAUGUUUCCAGGUGAUAAAAAAACAAAUACAGAUCAGUGUAUCACAUAAUAUAUAAUAUUGUAUUAGAUAACAGAAAUUUGCUAGAAUUGCUUUUUUUCAGACUGUCUACAAUCUUGUUAAUGUCCUAAACCUUGCUAGGAAGACAAAAAACAAAAAGAAAUGGCAUGUGGUACAAUGUUCAUAUAUAUGAUACACAUUAGAAUGCUCAAGAUCCAUAAAUCAUAAUGUAUGAUAAUAUAUUGACAUCAAGUAAAGCAUUGGUCUGUAAAUCAAACAAUAUUAUAUCAACAAGUAAUACAUAUUUUACUUUCAAGCAGCUUAUCAGUGUUUUAUCAUACAUUAUUAAGUGUGCCAUUAGGUAGUGUUUGGUAUAAUGCUGAUGGUACACGAUGGGUACUUGACAGCCUGUACAAAUGACACUGUAUUAUACACCAUAAAAGGAGAAGAUCAAAGAUUUGUCUCCUUUUACACACAUGUACAUUAUUUGGAACAUUUUUAGACCCCUAAUCACAGUUUUACAUUUGUUCAUUGUUAUGCAACUAUUGUUUUCUGCAAGAGCUUUGUAAAAGUCUGCAGUUGUACUGUUGCUGGAAGAAAAAUUUUAAAAAUAGAAAAAAAGUAGGGAGACCUGCAAUAAGCUUCUUACUGUGGCAUGUAAGGUCCUGCAAAGGAGCUUACAGAACUCAAGUGUUAAUGCGCCCAAGCUUCACUAGUCACCAACCAGAUGGUAAAGCCCAGAGUUGAAAGUGUGGCCUCAUGCUGACACUGGUCUGUGAGUGUCUGCA